AUGGCUCCUCUCCUCAAGUCAUUGAUUGUUUCUUUGGCUCUUGCCUCCUUAAUUUUUGCCAACCCAUUGAUCGCCCCUGCUGCUCCUACUUCUCCAGCAGAUUAUUCCGGCUUUGGUUCCUACGAUCUGGGGGAGACCGACGUUCCUGUGCCUCCAAUCAAAGUCACUCCUGUCACAGACUUCUUGCCCAUCAGCAAUGUCCAGCCCAUUGUGAAUGUCCUUCCUCCAGACGUGAAUGAUUACUCGGACGCCUACGACUACCCUUACCCCAACAUGGAUUAUGAUACUGAUUACCCAUAUGGCGCUGAUUAUCAAUAUGAUCCUAACUAUCCUUACGGCGCUGAAUACGAUGGGUACUCUUAUGACCCUAUUGAAGCCGAUGGUCUUCUGGGUGGCCUUGGAUCGGAAGCGGUCAUGAGUCUUGAAGACGCUGUCUUGUAG